AUGGGCAAGCCAGUCGUUCUACACCUUGGUGACGAUAUUAAAUGGAACCAUGAGCUCUACAAGCAGCUACAGAGCAAGUUCGAUAUAGUGCGGAGCUACAGCAUGGCGCGGGAAGAGUUCAAGCAGGCGCUGAAGGAGAAGAAAUUCAGCGACUUCGUUGCCAUGUACAGGCCGUUCUGGAACACAGGAGGGGAGAUGGGCAAUUGGGAUGACGAGUUGAUCUCGCUGCUCCCCAAGUCCUGUAAAAUCUAUGCCUCCGCUGGUGCGGGCUUCGACUGGGUAGAUACGAAGAGGUUAGCACAGAGCGGUAUCAUCUACUGCAAUGCUGCCGCCGCAUGUACCGAGUCCGUAGCCGAUGCCGCAAUCUGGCUGAUUCUGUCCACUUUUCGCGGGUUCUCCUGGUCCGCUCUCGCCGCCCGCUCCCUGGACGUGGAGAAGUUCAAGGAUGCCAACAAGAACAUAGCGGCCGUGACGCACAAUCCGAACGGCAGCUCUCUUGCGAUAAUCGGCCUGGGGCGCAUCGGUUACCGAAUCGCCCAGAAAGCUCACCAGAGUUUCGAGAUGAAGAUCCUCUAUAACGAUAUCCGACAAAUGCCCCAGGAGAUUGAGAAAAGUAUAGACGCUACAUUCUACGAAAAGCUUGAUGACAUGCUAGCUGUGGCCGACUGCGUUCUCGUAGCGACCCCGUUUGGUGGCGACAAAGUGCUCAAGGCCGCGAGCUUCAAGAGCAUGAAGAAAGGUUCCAGGCUCGUCAAUAUCGCGCGCGGUAAGCUGAUAGACGAGGAGGCGCUCGUCAAAGCGCUUGAGAGCAAGCACUUGGAGAGCGCAGGACUGGACGUGCACUACGACGAGCCGAAGGUGCAUCCGAAGCUUGCAGCCAUGAAGAAUGUGGAGCUCCUCUCGCACACCGCCGGCGCCAGCGUAGAGUCUCACAUUGGCUUUGAGAGGCUGGGCAUGGAGAACAUCCUGAGCUUCUUCGAGACCGGCAAGGCCGUCACGCCGGUGAAUAUGCAUCUCCUCAAUCAGUCGAAGUUAUGA